UUCUUAAUCUUUUUUUUUUUUUCUUCUUUCUCCUUCUCCCUUUCUCCCAUCCUUUCACCCUUCCUCCAUUCCCCUCCAGCAGACCAUAAGCCCUCUCCCCAACCACGGUUUCCCCAUGUCCCCUCCAGAUCCCCACAAGUCCUCAGAACCGGGGGGCUUUGCUGGCCCCCCAACACUCAACCCUCUUCUUGCUAUUGCAUCGUGCUGCAGCAGUUGUUGCCAGAGAACAAGACGGGUGGAUGUGAUCAAUGAAACCCGAUACUUCCUUGACGGCCAUGGAGCUAGAAGUCCGGAAAAAUACUCACCCCGAGCAAGAAGAAGUGCUGAACCCUCCAAGAGGUGAAGAAUAUCAAUAUAAAUGGGAAUCCAGCCCCCAUGGGAUGGGAAGGAAAUGUCAUCGUGUACAUCAGCUCCUGGCUCCGCUGUGUGUGGUGCUGAUUGUCCUUGUCCUCGUUCUGCUGGUGGCCUUGGUUGUUGUACGUCUGCAGUCUUGCUCAUCACAUCCCCAAUUGUCCCACAUGUGCCCAGCCACAUGGAUCGGCUUCCUAAGCAAGUGCUACUAUUUCUCAGAAAAUAGAAGUGACUGGAACACCAGCUUGGAGAAGUGCAAGGCCUUGGAAGCCUCCCUGACCUCCAUAGACAGCCAGGAAGAACUGGAUUUCAUCAAUCGCUACAAGGGCCAAGCAAACCACUGGUUCGGGCUGCACGAGGAAGGUGAUGGCCAACGGAGGUGGACCAACGGCACAGCCUUCAACAGUUGGUUUGAGGUACAGGCAGGUGGAAAUUGUGCGUAUCUAAACCAGGAGAAGAUCAGCUCAGCCUUCUGCCACACGGAGAAAUACUGGAUCUGCAGCAAGCCCAACAACUACGUCCUCUGGAGGCAAAAGAUUUACCCUGAGUAAAAGUUCCCAUAAACAUAAAGCUCAUGACAGUGCCACAAAAAUAGGUAAAAACUUACUUAGGUCUGCUUCUUUGCCACAACAGUAUUGCUGAGUUUCCUUUCUGCUCAGAUUCGUGCAGGCUCUGUCAGUCUUUUGUACUCAAGUCAGCAACAUUCCUGUUCCUCUCUCUGCUUCUACAGCAGAAAAUAGUGUUUUUGUUUUUUUUUUUUACAUUUGCAAACGGGAUGUUUAUAAUAAUGAAUUUGAAACCUGUGAAUCUCAUGUGCUAUGGAAUUAUGCUAUUAUGCUAUCAUACUUUGCACUUCCUAUUGGAAGGAGGAAACUGUAAGAACAGAUACAGUCUGUAUGGACAUAUUUGGAUGGAUUUUUUAAUAAAAAUAUAAAAAUUGGAAGCUAAUUGAAA